AUGGCUGGAGACCCGGCGACCCCAGCAGGACGUUCCCGACGAUCACUUUCCGCGAGUCGAGUUUCCUUACGUCGAAGUUCCCGCGGAGUUUCUGGAAUUGGAAUUUCGGAUGCUUUUGCGGGAGGAAGCCAUGCACCUGCUACGCCGCAUGCGCUGAAGGCGUUUCAAAGGCGUGCGGCUGUGUACACACCUGGACGGGACCGAAGGAAGAGUGGUCGCGUUCAGAGGGAAACACCGUUGGAUAUUUUGAGGAACUUGGGCAAAGCGCUUGCUCCAACCAGCGAAGUUAUCAAAUCCUCGCCAAUGACUGAGACAGAUCAGGAAACAGAUCAACAAGAGAGUGAGGAUCUGGACGAAGAACCAGACCUGCCGAGACCUAGGCUUUCUCUGCCAAUGCAUGAAAUGAUCGUUCCAGGGGAUGGCGAUGGGAGCCCUGAAAUUGUACCACCGCGAUUAUCCCUACCACUUGACGAGGACGAUUUCACACAGCGGUCAAUUGAAAUGCCACGUAGAGAACGAUCAACCAGGGAUCUUGCAACUCUUUCAAGAUACAGUUUGGCCAGUACGAGAUUCAGUGAACAUUUUGGAGAUGCAAGCCGCUUAGAAUAUACCGAAGAAGGCAUGGAAUUCACAGCGCCACAAGGGGACGAUAACUUUGUUGAUGAUCAAAUUGAAUUGACCGCGGAACAGCCGAUCUUUGAUGUAGGGGGCGAGACUGAGGAUUUACGACGGUUCGAUUUAAAUUUUUCCUUCCCAACUCCCGACGCUCCGCAGCACAUUGAGAAUGAACAUGAAGAUUUUGUUUUAGAUACCACAAUGCCUAUCGCUGAUGAUGUUCCCGUUUCAUCUGAUGAUGAUUUUGGAGCUGGAGAUCUGGAACUCGCAGUUCGCGAAGGCUCUCCACGACCGCCUUUGCAAGAAUCAUCACCCGAACCUCCUCAGGAGUCCCGACUAGAUCAAAACAAAGAGAGAGUUUCAAAACAUGGAAUACCUGUUCCAAAGCUGCCCCGUGGUAUUGUCAAGCGGCUGGCCACUCGAUUCGCCCGAACAGGGAACGGAAGUCGAACGAGGAUAUCCAAAGAGGCUCUAGCUGCCCUCGAGAAAGCCACAGAUUGGUUCUUUGAGCAAGCGAAUGACGACUUGAGCGCAUAUUCCAAACAUUCAAACCGGAAGACGGUAGAUGAAACAGAUGUCAUAGCUCUUAUGAAAAGGUAUUCUCGAUCUACUCCAUCAAUAGUCGUGAUGACCAGGCUAAUUUAA